CGCACGCUGCGUGAAGCGGCCCAGAACCCGGCGGUCACGGGAAUAUCCGUCGCGCCGAGGACGCUGGUUAGUCUCGCUCCGGGUUCCGGCUGCGUUGGGCUUGCGUGCAGCUCGCUGAGACUAUGGCGUCCGGGCCUCACCCGACCGCGACCGCUGCCGCCGCCGCCUCGUCGGCCGCCCCGAGCGCGGGCGGCUCCAGCUCCGGGACGACGACCACGACGACGACCACGACGGGAGGGAUCCUGAUCGGCGACCGCCUCUACUCGGAAGUUUCGCUCACCAUCGAUCACUCGCUGAUUCCGGAGGAGCGGCUUUCCCCUACCCCGUCCAUGCAGGACGGGCUCGACCUGCCCAGCGAGACCGAUUUGCGCAUCCUGGGCUGCGAGCUCAUCCAAGCCGCCGGCAUUCUCCUCCGGUUGCCGCAGGUGGCGAUGGCAACGGGGCAGGUGUUGUUUCAUCGUUUUUUCUACUCCAAGUCUUUCGUCAAACACAGUUUCGAGAUUGUUGCCAUGGCUUGUAUUAAUCUUGCAUCAAAAAUUGAAGAAGCACCUAGAAGAAUAAGAGAUGUGAUUAAUGUAUUUCACCAUCUGCGCCAGUUAAGAGGAAAAAGGACUCCAAGCCCCCUGAUCCUUGAUCAGAACUACAUUAACACCAAAAAUCAAGUUAUCAAGGCAGAGAGGAGGGUGCUAAAGGAGUUGGGAUUUUGUGUUCAUGUCAAGCAUCCCCAUAAGAUCAUUGUUAUGUAUUUACAAGUCUUAGAAUGUGAACGUAAUCAAACCCUGGUUCAGACUGCCUGGAAUUAUAUGAAUGACAGUCUUCGAACCAAUGUAUUUGUUCGAUUUCAACCAGAGACUAUAGCAUGUGCUUGUAUCUACCUUGCGGCUAGAGCUCUUCAGAUUCCAUUACCAACUCGUCCCCAUUGGUUUCUUCUUUUUGGUACUACAGAAGAGGAAAUCCAGGAAAUCUGCAUAGAAACGCUUAGGCUUUAUACCAGAAAAAAGCCAAACUAUGAAUUGCUGGAAAAAGAAGUAGAGAAAAGAAAAGUAGCCUUACAAGAAGCCAAAUUAAAAGCAAAGGGGUUGAAUCCCGAUGGAACUCCAGCCCUUUCAACCCUUGGUGGAUUUUCUCCAGCCUCUAAACCAUCAUCACCAAGAGAAGUGAAAGCUGAAGAGAAGUCACCAAUCUCUGUUAAUGUGAAGACUGUCAAGAAAGAACCUGAGGACAGACAACAGGCUUCCAAAAGCCCUUACAAUGGUGUAAGAAAAGACAGCAAGAGAAGUAGAAAUAGCAGAAGUGCUAGUCGAUCAAGGUCAAGAACACGAUCACGUUCUAGAUCACAUACUCCAAGAAGACAUUAUAAUAAUAGGCGGAGCCGAUCUGGAACAUACAGCUCAAGAUCAAGAAGCAGGUCACGCAGUCACAGUGAAAGCCCAAGAAGACAUCAUAAUCAUGGUUCUCCUCACCUUAAGGCCAAGCAUACCAGAGAUGACUUAAAAAGUUCAAAUAGACAUGGUCAUAAAAGGAAAAAAUCUCGUUCUCGAUCUCAGAGCAAGUCUCGGGAUCACUCAGAUGCUGCCAAGAAACACAGGCAUGAAAGGGGACAUCAUAGGGACAGGCGUGAAAGGUCUCGCUCCUUUGAGAGGUCCCAUAAAGGCAAGCACCAUGGUGGCAGUCGCUCAGGACAUAGCAGGCACAGGCGCUGACUUUCUUCCUUUGAGCCUGCAUCAAUUCCUGGUUUUGCCUAUCUACAGUGUGAUGUAUGGACUCAUAAUCAAAAACAUUAAAAGCAAACUGAUUAGGAUUUGAUUUCUUAAAACCCUCUAGGUCUCUAGAAACACUGAGGACAUUUUCUUUUGGAAAGAACUAUGUUUUUUGUUUUGUUUUGUUUUCUUGUUUGUUUUUUUUUUCUUUUUGGUUUUUGUUUUGGGGGGUUUUUUUGCACAUUAAAAUGCCCUAGCAGUAUCUAAUUGAAAACCAUGGUCAGGUUCAAUUGUACUUAUUAUAGUUGUGUAUUGUUUAUUGCUAUAAGAACUGGAGCGUGAAUUCUGUAAAAAUGUAUCUUAUUUUUAUACAGAUAAAAUUGCAGACACUGUUCUAUUUAAGUGGUUAUUUGUUUAAAUGAUGGUGAAUACUUUCUUAACACUGGUUUGUCUGCAUGUGUAAAGAUUUUUACAAGGAAAUAAAAUACAAAUCUUGUUUUUUCUAAACUGCUUCAAAUAUCUUAUUUAAAUAAAUUAUUAAAAAGUAAAACUUUAA